UUUGCUGCCAUAGUUACUGUUUUAUUGUUGAAAAACUAUUAUGUGUACUGUGUUUACUGUUUUAUUGCUAGAAUACUGGUUUAGUUUUUUUGUUUUACUGCUGGAGUGUUUGGUAUUCUGUAUGUUCAAUCGCUGGUUCAUUUCUUAUUUAUUUUAGGCGAUUAGCAAUAAGUUUAAAGAGAUGAGGAAGAAACAACUCCCACAUACAUGCAGCAGGAGAGGAUAUGCUCGAACAAUGGAUGACAUGAGUAGGGAAAGCUCAAAACCUGUAACAAGAGUUCAAGCUUUCUUAAAGACACACACAAAGAAGAAUGGUGAACCUGUGAAUGCACAAGCUGCUGAAGUUAUUGAGAAGCUACAAGUUCUUGCAAAUGAAAAACCAGAUUCAUGCACAACACAGAAUACUGUACAAGAUGCUCUCACUAUCAUAUUUGGUCCUGACAAGAAUGGUAGAUCAUUAGCUAAUGGGAGGGGAGUAACUAAUACAAAGUUAGCUAUUCUAAGAGCAAGAGAUGACCAUAUUUCACAAUUGGAAUCAAGUCAAUCUGAGAUGAAGAAUAAAAUGUCUGAGAUGAUGAAUCUUAUUAAUACUAUUGCAAAAAGUGUAAACAUUCAGGGGUUUACUCAACCAAGUGAAGCGGAGUCACACAUGCCUUCUCCUAUGUGGAGAAAUUGUUGCAGAAGGUCGAUGGUCUUCUAG